UGUUGUUUUUAAUUUGACUGUUCAGAAAAGCGGAAUGAAUGUUUGUUUUUGUUUAUUAGUGGGUAUUAGUUAUGGAAAAUACAAAAAAAUGUUUGUUAUUGUGCAUAAAUAGUACUCAUGAUCCUAUAAUUUUACCUCACGGGAAAGAAGUUAUUAUUGGAAGAAGUGUGGAGACUAAAAUUUCUGAUAAGAGAUGUUCCAAACAACAAGUGAGCCUGACAGCAGACAAGGACAAGUCCGAGGUAUUGGUUAAGCAGGUCGGCCAGAACGGCUCUGGUAUCAACGGCCUGCUGAUGAGGAAGGGUGAAGCAUACACGUUGCAACACGGCGACAGGCUUGAAGUGUUGCUCGGCCAGUACAUCCACACUGUGGAGUUUGACCCGGCGCCACCAGACAGCAAGGCUCACCGUGGAGCUGGAGUAAAGAGAUCUCUUGGCGAGAAUGGUGCAGCAAAGAGGAAGUGUGAUAGUCCACCUGCGACCACAAUCCCUACCCCAAGUGAAAACUGCAUUGAUGAGAAAAAUAAACCAUGUCCAGAAGAUAGAUGGGAAAACAUUGAUAAUGGCAAUCUUCUUAUCUUUACAUCAAAAGGUGUAGAAGGGCGUUCUAAGAUCGCAGCGUACGACCUGGACGGCACCCUGAUCAGCACCAAGUCGGGGCGGGUGUUCCCCAAGGACACGGACGACUGGCAGAUACUGCACCCCGAGGUGCCGGGCAAGCUGAAGGAGCUGUGGGCCGCCGGCCACAAGGUGGUGCUGCUGACCAACCAGGCGGGCAUCGGCCGAGGCACGCUGAAGGCGGGCGACUUCAAGGGCAAGGUCUGCAAGGUGGCGGCCCGCCUGGGGGUGCCCCUCCAGGUGUUCGUCUCGGCCGGGAAGGGCGUCUACAGGAAGCCAGCCCCGGGCAUGUGGAACACUUUGAUACGGCAGAAGAAUGACGGUGUGGCCGUGGACAUGAAAGCAUCGUUCUACUGCGGUGACGCCGCAGGGAGAGAAGCCAACUGGGCCCCCAAGAAGAAGAAGGACUUCUCCAGUUCCGACCGCCUGUUUGCACUGAACGUCGGGCUCAGGUUCUUCACGCCUGAAGAGCACUUCCUGGGCCACAGGCCGGCCCCGUUCAAGCUGCCCAGCUUCGACCCCGCGGACCUCUUCACCAAGCCACCACCGCUGUGCGAACCAUCGGACGCUGCCGUCGUCUCGGAUAAGCAGGAGGCGGUGGUGUUGGUGGGCUGCCAGGGCUCGGGCAAGAGCUUCUUGGCGCGGUCGCGCCUCGUGCCAGCCGGCUACUGCCACGUGAACCGCGACACGCUGGGCUCGUGGCAGCGCUGCAUCUCCGCUGCCGACUCCGCCCUCGCCUCCGGGAGGAGCGUCGCCAUCGACAACACCAACCCCGACCGGGAGUCCCGCGCCAGGUUCCUGGAGGUCGCUCGCAGGCACGGGGUGCCCUGCAGGUGCUUCCUGAUGGGCGCCGGCCCGGAGCUCGCCAGACACAACAACAGGUUCAGAGAGUUCACCGACAGUUCACAUGUUCCAGUGAGUGAAAUGGUCAUCAACAUGUUUAAGUCCAAGUACGAAGAGCCAACCACAGGCGAAGGUUUCAGUGCUGUGGUGAAGAUCAACUUCAUUCCGGAGUUUACCGAUCCAGAACAAGAGAAGCUGUACAAGAUGUACUUGGUCGAAAAAUGAGCAUGGCAGAGAGGGAAGACAGUUGAUUGAAGAUGAACCACCAAGCGAAAGGCCUUCAUCAAGAACCAGUGAAAAUGUUGACAGAAUCCAAAAUCUUGUAUGUUCAGAUCAUUAGUUGAUGGUCAGAAUGAUUGGGGAAGAGUUGAAUUUGACUUACACCUCCAUUCAUCAGAAUUUAACCAACAAAUUGGGAAUGAGAAAAAUCUGUGCAAAAAUGGUUCCAAUAAACCUUUGGCAGGACCCUAAGAACAUUGGGAGGGAAAGGUGCCUUGACUUUUUGGAGUUGAGUGAAAAUGAUCACCUUUUUCUGGAACUUGUCAUAACCGGUGACAAGUCUUGGGGUAUUUGAAUACGACCCAAAAACCAAGCGCCAGAGCAUGGAAUGGCACACUUUAAAAAGCAAGAAUGAGCGAGUCAAAUAUCAAAUCCAUGCUUUUAUAAUGGCCCCAUUUAUCAUAGGCGUGUUAAUAAAUCAAUAAAAUUUCAUAAAACAUCUGUCUCAUCUGGUUAUCAGAUGAGUGAAGGUGGAUCUCCUCUAAUAUAAUUAUUUUGUUUUUCUUGUAGACAAUACAGAUAAUGUCCAAAUUUGAAUUCAGAAACCUUUUAUCUUUCAUUACUUUUUUUGUGUUGGAAAUAUGUUUUGUAAUACGCCCAUUUACUUAAUAUUAUUUUAUGUUUUAUUAUAAUUGUAUAAUAUAUCAAUUGAUUAAUGCUAUGUUUUAAGUAAGAUUUAAGAUAAGUGUAUCAAUUCAAACUAUGCACUAUGCAUGGCCUAGCAGAACUCCUUUGUCAAGGGAUUUCCUGCUGGCCUGUGCUUGAGGGCUGUGGAACCACCUCACCUAAUGGUCAGAUGGGUUGACUGUCCAAUAGGGAAACAGUAUUCAAGGUCAAAUGAAUAUUAAUUUUACAACUAUUUCUAAAUAAUUGACAAAUUUUGUUACAGCACACCAAUGUAAAUUAUACAAAAAUUCAAAAUUAUCGUAAUAAAACUCUGACCACAAACACGUAAUUUGGCUGCGGGGGCAGAGCCUAGAAUAGUCUAAGAGCGCUGGUUGGUGGACCGCAAGAGUCCGGGGGCACCGAACAGGCCUCCUUGAGGGGCAAUGUGCGAAGAGAAAAAAAAAGGUAGUCUUGAUCUAGCGUCUAAGGCAGAUUAACGUGUCCGAUCUUCGAAAGGUCCUGGCACAGUUCGAUAUUUAAGAGUUCUGGGGCCUGAAGCGUAAACGCCGGUCCCAGGAAAUUUUAUCUAUUAAGGGCACGGUAUAGCCGAUGAUUAAAAUAUAAGCAAGCCAGAUACUCAGACAGAAUAACAAAUGUAUAUAAAACCGAGCCAUAGCAACCAAGUUACAUGAGAGGCCAUUUAAAAUACAAUUUUUUUUAUUACAUCUGACCUCAACCAGUCGUGUUUACCUAGUACUAGCCGGAGCAAAGGACAGACGGCGUUCGUCAUAGGGCGGGUUACAGAUUAUUCUAAUAGUAGGCUAUUUGCCUAAAUAGGUAGUUUUCUAAAAUGAUAUAUUAUACGGUGUGUUUUCUUAUGUACAUAAAAGUUUAUUAAAAAAUUUAUUAAUCAGUUGACCAGAAUUGGUAAUUUACAUUGUGCAUGUUAGUAUAGUGGCUGUUUAAAAUUUAUACCUAAAUGAAAACAAAUAUCUCCCAUUGCUUUCUGUGCAGCAGUGGACAAACAUUUUUACAAAUUCCUUGUUAUAUUAUUUAAUUAUGGAAGAGCCUUGCUGUUAGUAAUCACAAGUUGUAAUAAAUUUUCAAUUGAGAUAAUAUUGUUGAUUUCUGAACAAAAGCAUCUGGCUAAAUAUACAGUAUACAAAAAUUAAAAUGCUGUUUGAAGACUUCUAUAGACUGUAUUCUCAAUAUUAGGGAUUCAAUACCAAAAGGCCAGUUGACAUGUAUAUAUUAUGAGAAAAUAUAAUGGCCUUAUUUAUAUAACUCAGAUUUGUAUUUAGAUGGCAAUUUCCAUUUAAAAAAAAAACAUGUAAUACAACUAUAAAACUUUGUAGCAAUAGGCAAGGUAAGUAGUCACUAAAAAUGCCUGUAUUAAAAAAUAUACAAAUGUUUGGAAAUUCCACAGCAAAACUGGGAUUCCAAACAAGUUGUUGAUCAACAACAUAUUUCUUCAUGGAUUUUUUUUAUUCGAAGAUAUACUUAUUUUUUUAGAUCGGUUUUGAUCACCAUAUAUGAUAAUUAACUGUGUGUUCCCUUCCACAGAGUAUUUUAAUGUUAAAGGUACUUUAUCAUUAAAAAUUAGUACACAUUUAGUACUAAAUGUGACAAGAUACAACGUUUGAGCCAUGCACCAUUUCUUUUGUAGUAAGUAAACUGUUACGAAUGCAAUUUAGAUCACGUACAAUCUCAAAGAGAACAGUUUGCGAUAAGAGUUUAAUUUGAUUUUACAUAACGGUGUUAUGGUAACCACUCAGUGCUCAUAAAUUGAGUCAAAAAGAGGUUUGGGAUAGAAUACACGACCCAUGUCGCAUGAGAGCGACAUCAUUUAUUUGGAAUAUAAUUUUGACUCAACACUAUGUUUGUAUGUGUGUAUUUUAAAAAUCCACUACCUUAAUCAUAUAUACCUAGUAGUUUUUAGAUUUCCAAUUUCAUUUAUACUAACUGCAUACAAAUCAACGGAACAAUAAAUACAUUAUCAUUUAUAUGUACGUAUAUAAGUUUAGGAAUACUAUACGUGAGAAAACAAAAUUACCAUACAUAUUUGUCGAUUUUAACUGUCGUUGGCCAUAGGCUGAGAUACGGUCACCACAAUCGCUGCAGGAAGCCAGGUAUUCAUUCUUGGCAAAGGACGUGCGUUUCUUCAAGGUCAGGGCUCGCUGACGUUACCUCUUGGCUGUGACACGUCACCCGAGGCUAGCCCGUGGAGUUGACAACACUGGUAGCUGAUCCCUUCCCUUCGCCCAGCACGGCUCGGUAUACGGCCCGGGUGCGACAGAGAGGGGAACUACAGAUUGUGACUGCGAUAAGACACACUUCCAGCCUCCAGUGCCUGUAGAGCAGCCUCCGCUACCUAGCGGUAUUCGGGUGACUGCAUUAGCCUUCCAGCGCCCUUAAGUUAAUAUGUGCUGAAAAGUCUUAAGUGAAAACAUUAUUUAAAUAAUUUAAUUAAUUAUACAUGCUAAUGUGUCCUAGACAAACAGCAAAGUGUAUGUAUGUGUAUAUAUUUAUUUAUUACCAUAUAUGGACGGCUUUUAUAUAAAUGGAACCAAGCGCCAUUCAGUCACAACUGAGAAAAGACUGUUCAAAGUAUCCAUAUGUCAAAAAAAUAAUGAAACAUCUACAUAAAAAAAUCAAUGUAAAAUAUUUUAACAGGUAUAAUAAGCUGCUUUAUUAUUAUGCACAACAUUGUGAAUUCUCUUCCUAUCAUAGUUUAAUCAGUAAAAAUGGAUGUUGGUUCUCUUUGAAUAAAAUAAAGUAGAGUUUCUUUAAAAAGAACCAAGUAUAAUGGAACAUGAAUGCCAUGGUCACGUUGUCAAAAAAACAAAUAAUACACCAUUUUAAAUACCUUAAUACCCAUCGUUCAGUAAUUGCCCAUUGCAAAUCUACAUAAUCAGUCUUAAAACAAUCUGGCAAGUGUUCUUCAUGUAUCGGAUAUAAGCUUUGUGUUAAAAAUGCCAGAUACCCUGAAAGAAUAACUUAUACCAUAUGAGAUGACAAAUAAAUCACAAAAAUGUUUUUAAAAGUCAGUUGGUUAUGAGAAACUUUUACUUACACAUUUCAGCAUAAAACACAAAGCAAUUUAUUAUUAAUCUUCCAUUGUGAAGUCUGCGUUAUUCCCAAAGCCAUCUAUGUCAUCUUAAACCUCUGUACUCGAUUGAAAUUUCUGAUAAAAAUGCCAUACUCCUUGAGGUAUAAGAUGACGAAUAGAUUUAAUACCCUUAAGCUUUUCCUUACUUAUAGGCUUUCCUUCAGGCCACAGGGAAAUUAAUUUAGAUGAUUGAAAUCCAUCUGAGGGUCUCCCUCGUCGCUUGUUUUUGUUAAUGUUAACAUCAAUGAAAGUUUCUUGAGAAUGGCUGGUCUUCAUCUGAAGAACUUGUGGUUUACAUCCCUCCAAUUUAAUUUGACGAAGUGUGAGCCAGUUAAUUUUAUUUCCUUCUGUGUCAAUCUUCCUGUUGGUGAUCUCUUUCUCUAUUUCACUGGUCCCUUUAAAGUCGUCAUUCUGCAUUUGUGUCACAACAAAUUUUCUCUUUUUACGGCAUCCUUCCAUUACCUUUAUGUAGUCCUCCAAAGUAUAUAGAAGCUGUUGUUUUAGGGCAGAUUCCACAUCGCCAAAAUCAGAAUUAUUCGGGAGGUGUGACCUGAAACUAAAUACUUAAGUGUCACAGAAUUCAGUGAGUUUGGAUCACCAAACAAUGUGUUCAUCAUUAGUACCAUUUUGAUAUUCCUAUCCUGGCCCCCACACGAGUCAGACCACAAAAUGAUGUCUGUGACAUUCCUUCCGACAUGAGUAACAAUAUGCUUUCGCAAGCUGGAACCCACUUCUUGGGCAUCUCUUCCGGCAGUGCCUUGUACCCAUCCCUUGUUGGGAUUCUAGGCAGAGGCAAUGUUUUCUCCAUGUCAUAACAUAACAUUUCCACAUUUUCACAUUCCUUUGCAGUCUUAAGCUCACGAUUCAUUGCAUCUCUUGCUUCUUCAGCUUCUGACUGAUGCACAUUUAACUCAUUCAUAAUUGUUUUCUUUUCAAUGUUGUUGCAGUUUUGCAUUGCUGCAUGAAAUCUGUCACAUGCAUUGCAUGUAUCUUUUUUCAGCUUUUUCCGUUUGAUAUUAAAAUCUCUGUGAAGUAUCAUUCUGUUGCAACUAAAACUUACUGCUCCAUUUCCUUCAUUUUUCUCUCUGUAUAAUUAAUACAUUUUUGAUUCUGUAAGUUCUGUAGAUAGGUAUUGUGUAUCACCACUCACUCGCCGACAGUAGUGUGAUUUAUACCUACAAAACUUGUUGAUGUGAUCCUUAAUUUUUUGAAUUUCAACGGGAGAAAUUCGAGGCACACCUUUUCUUUGAGUUUCUCUCUUGUCAGUUACACAAUCGGAGCGAAAUUUGUUCAGUGAUGUGUUGACUCGUUUUGUUGAUACUCCCAAGGCAUGAGUAAACAUUUCUCUGCAGACAUUCACUUUGUCCAGUUCGUAUUUUCUAGUGUAUUGUCGUUUGUUAGAUGAUGACCUCUUUCUUUUAACAUUUACCUCUUGAAUAUGUGCAGCAAUGAAAGCAGUCUGGCAAUCAUAAAAUCCUAAAUCCCAAAAUUAAUUUUUUUUCUAGAAUCAAUAUUAACAUUGUCUUUGCAUCGUUUGGGGUAGUUGCAAUUAAAAUCAUUGAAUUUCUUGGGACUAAAGUAAGUACCUUUAACUACGAAAUGAGGUUUGAUGCUGUCUUUUAGAUUUUUCCGUGACUGGCAUGUUUGACUUACAUGCUUUCGUUUUCUCAUCUUUUUAGGUCUACCUCCUUUCUUAUUUUGAGUCGUUUGCCCAUCUAACUUUUCAGGUACAUUACUAUUAUUUUUAUUCUCUUCCUCUAUGUCUUUGGUCUCUCUAUGUUCACCUUCAUUGCCUGAAUCUAAAUGUGGAGUGUAGUCUGGAUCUUGAACACUAUCAUCCCAGUCUUCAUCAUCAUUUGUAUGAUCCUUUUGACAAUAUACAUCAUGAUCUUGUUAAAAAAAAAAAACACACACAAUAACAAAUCUAAUAUUAACUUACAGAAUUUUGUACCCUCAAGUAUUUCAAAAUCUACAUUGAAUUAAAAACAAAUUGAAUCCAGCAGCUGUUUGAUUUCACAAUAUUAUCACUGUUGAAUCACCAUAAUAUCACGUGGUUCUUUUUAAAUCAAGAAAGAAAAUACACAUUAAAUAUUCUUUAAACAGAACCAACCGCCAAAUGUCACUUGGUUCAGUUUAAAUAAAAGUAGAAAACCUCUAUGCAAAAUGGUUGUUGGUUCAAGUGCUCACAAAUAGCAGCACAGUCUAGAUAUCACUUGGGUCUAUUUUUUUAAAGAAUUUAGCGUGUUUCAUGCAUUCAGUUAUGGGUAUAUCUCAAAAAUGUAAAAAAUGGCGCUUGGUUCUUUUUAUAUAAAAGCCGUCCAUAUAUAAGGUAAGUUGGGUAACAAAGUCUAUACUUGAAGGGUUGUUUCAUUCUAAGUGUAAGAGAAUAUAAGUUUUGAGCAAUGAUUUUCAAAACUAUCAAAAUAUAUGUAGCUGUAUUGUCACAUUUUAUAAAGGCUAUUUUAACCCAAUUUUGCUAUUAAAAAAAGGCAUUAAAAAAAUAGUUAAAAUAGCAUUUAUAGCGAGGUGAUAAUUUUUCCGGCCGCUACGAAUAAACUACAUUUGAUAGCCUGCACACUUCAAUGGUUUGCAUGCAUUACUAUGAUUGUUAUAAGUAUUGUUCCACCGUAUGUUCAAUUCACAGUUUUCGUUAUCAAUUAAGUUUAUACAAAAUUUGUUUUUGUUGAAGGACUAAUUAUGUAGUUUUGUUUGGCAUGCUUUUGUAUACUCUUUCAAUUAAACGUACAUAAUUCCUAUGCAACAGUUUCAUUAUGAAAAAACUAAUCUCGAGAAAAAUGAUUCUCUUGCAUAAAAAUCGCACCCUACUUUUCAAACUUGGUUUUAGCAUAAAAUGUGUGACUUAAGCGAUAAAUAACAUUUUCAUCCAAAGUUUUUUUUAGUAUUGUGUCCAUAAUUUAAACCAAAUACUAGUUAAUAACUUUCACAUUUUGGCAGUUUUGUGUAGUGAUAUUAGCAAAUAACUUAUGGAUAUUAAAUUAAAAAACAUAAUUGUGUGUGUUAAGGACAGCAAAGAAACUAGUAUUUGAAAUUAAAUUAGAUAUGGGCAAUGGCUGAAACUUAAAAUUUAAAUUUUGACAUUUCGCUGCUACAUGUUAAAUUUUUUUUUUCUGAAUGAAAUUUUGUAUCAAAUGAGGAAAUACUUGGAAGGUUUGUUAUCUAUUUUAAUACAUUUUUAUUUCAUU